AUGGCUUCGAACACCCUUGCUGAUGGUGGAGAUGAUGCACCUAAUUACCAAUUACGUGGUGUUGAACAAGUUUCUCCAAACACUGGAACGAAGAGAUAUAUUCCGGAUUCACCCUCUUCGUUGACGCCAGCAGAGGGAAUGUUAUUCGACACAGUUGAUGACGCGUAUAACUUUUAUAAAACUUACGCAGAAGCGGGAGGUUGGACUGUAAGGAAGGGCACACAGCACGAGAACCGUGGUAUUGUUAUAAACAAGUACUUUUUCUGUUCAAAGGAGGGUCAAAAAGACUUUCGACCGGUCGAUACUUUAGUCGAACAGCAGUCUGAUAGGUGGGUACGUAGGGUACCAUCCAAAAGGACCGGAUGCCAGGCUGCGAUCAGAAUAAAACUUACCGAUGCUAAGAAGUAUUUGCUGUAUCAUUUUAUAGAGGCGCACAACCACGAUUUUGUGCAUGAAGAAGAUUUGCAUCUUCUCAAGGAAAACAGGGGUAUUAAUCGUGCACACGAAGAGAUGAUAAACAAGAUGUCACAUCUCAACAUCGGGCCUGUUCGUGCAUUUAACAUUAUGAAGGAAGUGUAUGGUGGGUUCGACAAAGUCGGUGCUACCAAAGUCGAUUUUAAAAAUUUCAAGAAAGAAUUAAAUCUUUUUAUCAGAGAGUUUGAUGCGGAAAUGUUUGUCAAGCGACUGAUGAGGAAAAAGGAGUUUUUACCGAACUUCUCUUGUGAAUAUGAAACCACAGACGAAGGUGUGUUGAAGUAUAACAUGAUGUUUGUCCCUUUCACUGGGAUUGAUAAUCAUAAUAGGAACGUGACACUUGGUGCUGCAAUUCUCGGUUCUGAAAUGGCAGAGACGUAUAGCUGGUUACUUAGGGCGAUCAAGAACGCAUACGGGUACGCGCCUCCUGUAAUCGUUACUGACCAAGACCCUGCGAUGAAAAGGGCUAGGGCUGAUGUCGGGGCUGCCCUAUGUUCAAAUACAGAUUUCAGGAAAAGAUUGUCUGCAGUUGUUUGGACUGAUUCUCUAUUGCCCGAAGCUUUUGAGGCUGAAUGGGCAGCUAUUAUUCAUGAUUUCGGUUUAACCGACCAUGAAUGGCUGACGUAUAUAUAUGGGCUACGUGAAUCAUGGAUUCCAGCUUACUAUCGUGAAGAAGAAAUGUCUGGUCUUAUGCGGACAUCAUCUAGCGCAAAGGCAAGAGCACCGAAAAAACGAUCAUGA